AUGGCGGCUAUGGUCGAGGCGCCGCAACGUCCGGCCCAGCACGUGCAUAUGCAGUACGAGUACGCGAACGGCAUGACAGUUCAGGACGACGAUAAUUCGGAUCAAGACAUUCACGCCCACGCCCAUCUCUUAGGCCACGGAGAUGACCCCAUGGACCGCGACAUGGAAGAAUACUACACCCAGCAAGAUUACCAGAACCUGCAGGCUCAGCAGAACGUUUACAACCAACACAUGGUCCAGUACCACAACGACGACGAUGCCGACAUGGACGACGACGAAAUGUAUUCCGACGAGUCAUCAGAGGAGAGUGUGUUGCCGGACGAGAACAUCGACUUCAGUCUUGUCUACGCUCUCCUCUUAUUGCUCGACGAUGCCAACUCGUACUGGUGGCUCGUGCGCGUCCUGAAAACGGAGGACGUUGGAUACAUCCCGGCAGAAAAUGUCGAGACGCCGUAUGAACGUCUCGCUCGCCUGAACAAGCACCGCAACAUUGACAUCGCCGCCCCGACCGAGCUUGAAAAGUCCACCAACCCGUCGCAGCCUCGCGAGAGCAAGCUUAAGACGCUGAUCGGAUGGACGCGGAGGACGAGCCGUGGUUCUUUGGAUUCGGAGGAGAUCGAGAACCGCGAGGGCCGUCGUGUCAUCUUCGCGCCUCCUACCUACGUCGAUCACCCCGGUGUUACCUGGAGUAGCGAUGAGGAGGACGAUGACAUGGAGGAAGAUGAGCAGCACUUUGCCGACGACGAGGACCAGGAGCUUGGAUAUGAGGCGGAGCCAGAUGACGGUGUGGAAUGGGCUCAGGACGCCGUCGAGGCCAUCCGCAGCGCUACAGAUGCGCCUCAGACCGCUGCCAAUGCUGGCGACACUGUUUCCAGGACCACCGUCGUCGCUGUUGCUGGUGCCGGAGUUGCAUCCACUGCCAUCGGUGCUGGCAUCGCCUCGACCAUUGUUACCUCCACCUCCACGCCCUCAAGUGCGUCAGACGCUGAGACAAUCACGGUUGACUCCACUCGAUCUGCGGCUGCCGUGGCGGCAACCGCGCCCUCCAUCGUCUCUGGCACCGACUCUACUCCUGCGCAGAACCCGCAAGACGCGCAAGCUCAACCUGCACCCGUCCACCAGGCCGGUGAGCCGACUCGACAGGGCCCGCCAGCGCCGACCAACCAAGGAGACGUUGUCUCAGAAACACCGGCCAGCCCGACUGCCCCUGGCGCCCCUGCCGCUGUCGCUUCGACUGUUACAGGACUGUCCACCAAUGCCCACCCAGCAUUCCCUCCCGCUCCGGAGCGCUCGCCUUCCCCGGCUCGCCCAACAUCGCUCCUCGCUCGCACCAACCCGACGCCGCCGCCCCAUCGGGCCGGUGCUCUGUCUGUCUCACCCGAGUUCGAUUCGCCGGCGCUCACGGCUCGCGACAUGGCUGCUGUCACUCCUCCGCCGCCGUCUGCUUCGAUCUCAGAGCACCCCUCAACACCCCAGUUCACUUCGGCUGGUUCAACCGAAACUCCCAUGACUUCGUUAUCUCUCACGCGCAACAGCCCGCACACGACGCCGUCGACGUCCCCUACCGAUGGUCGUGCCGGCAGCAGCGCUCAACCUCGGGCCCCCAUGUGGUACCUCAGCGCCUCUGACGUGUCGCGUCUCGCCACGUUGGUCCGCAUCCGUGCCGAGAACGAGGGUGUCCAGGCCCGCCUUACCCACCUCGAGGAGUCGGAUGAAGUUCAGCACUCCCUCUACGGCGAGAAGGUCGACACCAGCUUCCUGCACCCGGACGUGCGCUCCGGCUACGUUCACCUGCAGGCAAAGCUAGAUGCCUUUGAUCGCGAGAUUGAUGCCAUCCUUGGCUCCCUGGCGGUCCCUGCCUGCUGA